CACACAUUUCUAGGAAACACUCUAUUUAAAUUUAGCUCGAAAUGGCUGAUCAGGAGCCAGCAGAAGAAACACCGGAGGAAAAGCCACCACGAUCGAAAGCGUGGAGAAUCACUUAUAUAGUUCUUCAUGUCUUGCUUCACGUAAUCUUCAUAGCUCAUUUUAUUGGAGCAACAGUCGUUUUCAUAUUGUUCGACAAGGAAUCCGACGAAUGCAUUCCACCUCGAAGUCCCGCUGAAGAAACAACGGAAUCGUCAGGAAAUUUAACUGACUCAACUACAAGUGCUUCAGAAGAAAGCACUUCACAGGAACCAAAGUCUAGUUUUAAGGCGAACAUUCUGUGUAAAAUGAACUGGUGCCACGGAUAUGGGUUCCUCAUAAUCAUUUUUGUCAUAUUCUAUAUACUUUGGCUGUAUUACUGGGUAUUCAAGCCAUAUGUGGGCAUCAAGCUCUAUAACAAUUACCUAGAACCUGCCAUUGACAAAUGGAUUGAGUUCAGUCGCAAGUUGAUAGUUUCCGGCGUAAUGCUGUUGAUUGUUGUCUCGCUGGCGGUGGCCUACCUCGGUUACGAGUGCCGCUAUGAUGGGACCAAGGCGAUAGGACUGCUGGGACCUGUGACUUUUCUCCUAAUCGGAUUUGCGGUGUCCAAGCACCACAAAAGGGUUCCCUGGCGUAUCGUGACCCACGGCCUCCUUGGCCAGCUCCUGCUGGGCAUUUUCUGCCUGCGUGCCCCUUUCGGUCGCUCCAUUUUUGAAUGUCUUGGCGAGAAGGUGACCUUGUUUCUGGGCUCCGCUAACUACGGAGCCCGCUUUGUGUACGGCGAUCGGAUAUGUGACGAGUAUGUCUUCGCUUUUGCCAUACUAGCGGUGGUGUUCUUCUUCAGCGUGGUCACCAGCAUCAUGUACUAUCUGGGCUGGAUGCAGUUCAUCCUGAACGCUUUGGGGUUCCUGUUGCAGGCCAUGGUGGGCACCACGGUCUGUGAGAGCGUGAAUGCAGCGGCCAACAUCUUCCUGGGCAUGUCCGAGAGCCCCCUGGUCAUCCGGCCGUACAUCCUGAUACUGACCGUGAGCGAGUUGCACACCAUCUGCACCUCCGGCUAUGCCACGGUGGCAGGCACCGUGCUAGGGGCAUAUGUGAGCUUCGGUGCCUCGCCCGCCUUCCUGAUCGCGGCCAGCGUGAUGGCUGCUCCGGGCUCCCUAGCUUUCUCCAAGCUGUUUUACCCCGAAACCGAGGAAUCGCUGACCAGGUCCGACAACAUACAGCUGGAAAAAUCGCCAGAUUCGUCCAUUUUGGAUGCAGCCGCCAGUGGAGCAGCGGCAGCCUUGAUGAUUGUCCUCGGGAUUGUGUCGAACAUCAUUGCCUUUCUGGCCAUAAUGUUUUUCCUGAACGCCUUAACCGAAUGGACUUUUGAGCUGCUCGGUCUGAAGAACAUCACUCUGCUCUUCCUGCUCGCUCAAGUGUUUGUCCCAAUAGUCUUCUUGAUGGGCGUGCCGUGGCAGGACUGUCAAGAGAUUGGGAUGGUGGUGGCCGAAAAAUCACUGAUCAACGAGUUUAUCGCCUAUAAGCACCUAGGCCAGUUGGUGAGCGAGCAUAAAGUAGGGUCACGGAGCGCUUCGAUUGCUACAUUUGCGCUUUGCGGAUUUGCCAACCCCGGAUCACUGGGCAUCCUCAUUGCUGCCCUGAGUGCAAUGGCACCCGCACGACGUUCAGAUAUCACGCGGGUGGCCGUUCGAGCAUAUUUUGCUGGCAGUUUCGUCAGCUUCACAUCGGCUUCGCUUGCAGGCAUUCUCAUUCAAGAUGAUUUCAUAUCCUAGGAACCAGAACAACCCUAAAGAUAUUUGAAAUUGUGCGCAAAGUUUAUGUUCCUGGA